CAAGCACACACAACGACAACGACCAACACCGACAACAACAAAACAAUCGCCUCCUCGCCUCCUUGUUGUCGCCUCUGCUUUCCUGCCUUCCUCCCACCCAACACAACCAUGUUCCGCGGCGCAAAGACGUUUCGGCCCAAGAAGAACUUCAAAGAAGGCACGCUUCGCUAUGAGCUGCACAAGAAGGCAUCGGCGUCCCUCAACGCCGGCAUGGAUUUGAAGGGUUGUGUGCAGCUUCCAGAGGGCGAGGACCUCAACGAGUGGCUUGCCAUGCACGUGGUGGACUUCUUCAACCGCAUCAACCUCAUCUACGGCACAGUGUGCGACGACUGCACAGACGAAUCUUGCCCCGUCAUGUCCGGCGGCCCACAGUAUGAGUACGCGUGGAAGGAUGACGUGCACUACAAGAAGCCCACAGUCGUAUCUGCACCAAAGUACAUCACGCUGCUGAUGGAGUGGAUCGAGACCCUCAUCAACGACGAGAAAGUGUUUCCACCAGAAGCUCACAUCCCCUUCCCCAAGAACUUCCACAAGAUUGUGCAGCAAAUCUUCAAGCGCCUCUUCAGGGUGUUUGUGCACGUGUACUACCACCACUUUGAUCGCCUCACCACCAUCGGCGCGGAGGCGCACAUCAACACGUGCUACAAGCACUUCUACUACUUUGUGCGGACGUUUGACCUCGUGCCCGAGAAGGAGCUCCUGCCCCUGAGAGAGCUGACGAGACAGCUUCUUCCCAAGGAGGACGCGCUAUGAACAACAACAACGACAGCGCACACACACACACACACACACACUCUCUCUCUCUCUCACGCACACGCGCGCACACACUCACACUCACACACCUGCCAUGCCCUGCCGAUCCUGCUGCCCAGUCAUUGUCUUGUUCUUUUUCGCCUUGCUUUGCGCGCAUUCCUUUCAUCCUCAUCGCGUUUCCAGAAGCCCAGCUGAUAUGUGUGGGUGUGAUCUGCUUCCUCCCCAACUGCUGUACACGUAAAUUCCUUGCCUCUGUGUGCGUGCGUGUCUUUGUUUGUUUCCUAUUGCUGCUGCCUGGUGUCUGCUUUGUGGUGCAGUGCUUGAGGCCUCUGUGUACACCCACGAAUACAUGCGUACAGCCGA